UAGUCUAUAGUUCUUGCAAAUAUAAAUUAAGUUAACUGGUGAUUUUCGUUGUUUGUAUUCUUCACCUGCUAGCUAAGUUGCAUGUGGCUGUUGAUCCCCUGUAAUCAUAGCUAAAAAUUAAAAUGCUUUCUUAUUUUAUUUUUAUAAAAUUGAAAAGGAGUCUGUUUGAUGAUUUGUUGGCACAGGAUUCUGAAAAGGAAUACCCACUCCCUGUCACAAAUGCGAGAUCUUGACUUUAGGGUUUGUCCCCAGUACAUGCUUUUUUUUUCCCUCCGUAAAUUCAUAAUUAAAACAAACGAUAAUAAAAAUAGCACACUAGUGUAGGAGUGGCAAUGCCACGUAUCCAGCCUUGUGUGGCAACAACAUCAUUUUUGUUUUUAACUCCUCCGCAGUUAACAGCUGCAAGUGUUCAGAUGAAUUGAAAACAAAAAGAAUUUCAAGGCAUGAGUCCAUUGGAUAGGUUAAAAAGGAUUUAGCAGUUUCAGAGAAAUUACACAGGACUUUAACAGUUCCAGAAUGUGGCAAAAUGUUCCGCACAAUAAGAACCCUUCCCCCUACAGAAAAACAGUCAUCGCAACGAGAUCAGUGUCUGUCCAUCACUGUAACGUCUGUAUUGUUCCCAUGUUGCAAUUGAAUUAAUCACUGGUCCAGAAAAGUGGAGCUGUUUAAGUUGGCUGAAAACUGUAGUGGUCUUUUGGCUUGCCACUUUCUGCUUCUCAUGGAUCCGCCUGACGAGUUGUUGGACAGGGUUUUUAGGCCGACGGGAAAGUCUUUUCAGUUUAACUAAAACGUCUCAAAGGGAAAAGCUGAAACACUAUCCAAUGGGCCAAAUUUCCGUACAUCUUGAGUAGGGUUGGGCAUCGUUUGGAUUUUAGCGAUUCUGAUUCUAAUUCCGAUUCUUCCUUUCGAUUCCAGUUCUUAUCGAUUCCGAUUCUUUGAGUGUUGGAGUAGAAACGGGUCACAUGCUUAUUUCACAAAUAUUGCUAAAUGUCCUAAAGAUGUUAGUUCAGCUAUGAGAGUAUUUUCGAUUCCAAAGUGGUAGUAGGACCCCCCCCAGCCAUAUUCGUCACAUUGCAAGAUCUGUCAGUGGACAUAAGAGUUCUGGCAUCCAUUGGGAUAUCAAGGCCCUUCCUCCUUAGGAUUUUAAGAAGUACAGACAGCGCUGUUUGUGGUAUGUUGAAUUCUGCAGCCCAAUCUGCAAGCCCACAUUCAUCUCCAUGCAAAUCAGUCACUAUCACAACCAGGCAUAUCACCUGGCACCCAGGAAUUUUCAUCUUCUAAAUCAUUUGAUGAAUUCUCAAAACAGUUCUGAUCACAAGCAUCAUAGAAAGUGUCCAUGGAAUUUCAGUAUAUGCUCUAACAAAUCAUCCAGUGGGGAUUCCUUUUCAGAAUCCUGUACCAACAAAUCAUCAAUCAUAGACUCCUUUUCAAGGAGAUGCAAAUGUUCCGCCACUUUCGCUGAUAUUUUCCUCUCUUUUGUUCUUUCAAUGCUCGAGAUCCUGCAGCCACGGACGUACUCUGCUGCCCCGCUAUAGCUUCUCUCUGUCCGCCGGCAAAGGCAAUGGGAACUUCUCACCGAAAUCGACGUACAGGUCAUCCUGGACUACGUGGAAGAUCCAGGUCUUUGGCCAGUCCCAUCUGGAUCAGCAGGAAACGGCGCAGCAGCGAGGCAAAGCGGUGUUCCUGCCCGGGGAACAGACGCAGCCGCCGGCCACGGAACUCUCCAGCUCCCGCUGCCGCCCUUCAAGAGUGACACCAACCAGUAACACCAACCAGUAACACCAGAGACCGACCCAUAAUAGUUAUGGCAGGGACUGCUGUGUUGCCUUCAAGGUCCUGGACCCUGGUCAUCAGGAGCACCUGCUGUGGGACUGCUGGAGGACGUCAGAGGCCACUGUGGCGAAGGCGACCUCUGGCAACCUGGCCAACAACAGUGCCUCGAGGAGCAAGUUUAACAAAGACAUUGCCAUCAAGUUAGACUUGUUUCACUGUAUGAGGCGCUUUACCAGGGAGUGUGUGUCUGAACAUCAGCCUCUGUUCAGCUCCUUCUGCCAGUUCCUCUCUGCAGCAUUUGUUGUGGUGGACCAGAGGGAUCUACAGAGGCUCACAAAGGCAUACACCUUGUGUGGAAUCUCUCCUGCAAAUCCGACAAAGCAGCACAUAAGAGAGCACUGCAGGACUAAGGUGCCAAAGCCGAGGGAGCUGCUGCAGAGGUUUGAAGAUAUGUUGCACCACUUCUACCUGGCAAAGGAUGCCAAUGAUGUGCCCCUGUUUAUGGCCUCCAUGCUGAAGUUGUGGAGGAUCCAACGCGUCCACAUCCUGAGAGGCUGCCUGAGCGACCCUGACGUGGGGGAGGGAAUUCUGUACAGGUAUGGUGGCACCUUGCAGCUCAACUACAACAAGGGUGCAGGAGCCGCUGUUACAAUUCCAGUGAGAGGCACCUCACAGCAGGAGGGCUUCCACUUUCACCAAGCCCAGUUGGUGACAGGCAACCGGGUGUCCUGUGAACUUUUCCAGGCCCAGGCAAUGACUAGAGUGGUGCGGUGGAACUUCCAGAGGCCAGUGGACCUGAAACAGCCUGGUGUGGAGCUGCCAGCUGUGUUCGACCCCCUGUUAAUUUCAGGACUGAACACAGCCUCUGUCAAGGUGACAGGCCAAGUUAAAUAUCCCAGGCUGCAAAAUACAAACAGGGACACCGGGGAGAGAUUUGGACUGCAGUUUGUGGAGCCAGGUUGUCGUCCUGUUGUGUUGAACUGGGACAAGCACAAGGUACAGCCCAACAUCCCAGCUGCUGUAGCCAUGGAGACAGAGGAUCACUGCCCUACUGCUAUGGUGGGCACAGACUCUCAGGAGACCAGUGAUGAGCCAUUUGGAGCGGUGCCCAUCCUAUCUUUCCUGCAGGGCUCUGAAACCGUUUCCCAAUCCCAGCACUGUGUUUAAGCUAUGUUACACUGUUUAAACUAUGGUUACACUGUUUAAGCUAUGGUUACACUGUGUUUAAGCUAUGGUUACACUGUGUUUAAGCUAUGUUUACACUGUG